AUGAGCAUCAGCUCUGUGGUAUCGGGGCCCAACAGCAAAUCAUUUGAGGAAGUACGAAUAGAGGAUUAUAUAAAAGCUUAUCAGACUACAGGACGUCCGCCACUUCCAGUCCCACAGGAGCCGGUGGAUGAGUUUCAGAGAAAGACGUUGAAUUUACCCCCGUUAUUCAAACCAUACAGUCCCUCGGGUCCUUCCAAUCCAUUUCUAAAGCAGGCAACGAUUACGAAUCCACAGGAUAUUCCUCCAGGACAAGAAUUCCGUGCGCUAAAAAAGACCGAGUUGAGCGAGACGAUGAUUUUCCAGUCAAUGUCGUGUAUGAAUGAGUAUUGCCAUUUCAGCCCUGAGGAGCUGAGAUAUUAUGCAUAUCUGCGUGGUUAUAUCAAACCACCUGUUCCGGUUGCAAUGGAUCCCUUCGUGCAGCCGCAUGUUGCGCCUUCAGGCGGAUUUACGGCUCAAGAACCAACCACCGAAAAGCUCCAAAACAUCUGCACAGAACUUGCGUACAGCAAACACAGUCCAGAGGAACUCCGUGUGGCAUACAUGUUGCAUGGGAGGCAGUUGACAUCUGCAGAGCUUUUACAAACGCCAUCCGCUCCGGGUGCUUUGUUCUCGCAGCCUGCGCUGGGCAUGUCCAGUAUACCCUCGAACGUCACACAACCCAUAUUCUCCGCUCCUCCUGCUGCUCCAUCAGCACCCAAGUUUACCUUUGGGUUGCGGUAG